AUGUCUACUAUUGAGGGUGUUGUGAGCUUUCUUGACCAAGAAAAAUUUAGAAACACACAAGGAUUUCAAGAUGUUUCAUUUUUGAUCAAGGUUGAAAAAAGUGAGGAUGAAGAGAAGACUGCAGAACUAUAUUUUCUUAAUGGUGAUCCGGUCACAGAAAUUCAAGUCCCUGAUGAUAUUGAAUAUGAAGAAAUUAACGAAUUGGAUCAGAAAAAGAUUAAAAAACCUUUUU